AUGAGCCUCGCCUGGAGCGCCCCGGAGAUGCUAGAAGAAGAAGGCAGCUCCUUUGCGAGCGACGUCUACAGCUUCGGGAUCGUGGUCUGGGAGGUGUUCUCAAGGAAGCUACCGUGGGCGAACAAGACGCGUCCUCGCGAGAUAUUGUCUGCGGUUCUGAGGGGGAAACGGUCAUUGUUCCACACAGCCACUCCAGCCGACAUCGUGGACAUCGCCAAGGCCUGCUGGGGUGGGGAACCCGAGGAACGUACCACUUUCAGCGCCAUCUUGGAGGACAUGUGGCAAAGGGCUGGAGGGACUUGGCUCAUUGCUCGUCCCUUGCGGGGUGUUGUGGGGGAUUAG